GCCUGACAGAUACAGUAAAUGCCCUGACGUUCCAUAACCGGCUGUCUGCCCUGCUUUGCUCUGAAGUUCCGGGCUGAUCCUCUGCCACUGUUUGACCCACUCCCGCAGGGGUUUGACCCCUUCACGCCACAAGUGCGACGAGCUCCCGCCAGUACGAAAAGUGCGACACUGGUACCGUGUUCUCGGCCUAGAUCUCUCUCACGAACCAUUGAUAAACUACAUAAACGGUCGACGUCUACAGUUUGAAGUCCUCUGUUUUGGGGUAAACUAUAGGAUGCAGUUUUGAGCGAAAGAGGUUUUGAGAAGCACAGACUCCAUCGAUUGGCCAAACCAGGUAGACGUGCAGUGGAGGAAACUCGUGCAGGGGCAGUGCUAACCUAACGGGUCUGCAGAGGACUUCCCAACCGUCGCCGGUCUCAGUUUCCUGUUGAACGUUUUGUCCACCAUGCCACGUGCAAGACUGCUGUUCCUGUUGCCAUUAGUGACGAUAUUGAGCCUCGCGCAUGCGUGUCCAGACCCCUGCUACUGCGUCGUACGUCACGUGUGGUGUCACGAGGCCAGACUCACCGAACUGCCUGCUGGGAUUGAGCCAACAGUUCACUAUCUUGAUUUUGGUGGGAAUGACAUUUCUAGGCUGCCGCCGAUGUCGCUCAUGCCUUACCCGAACCUGCGCUCGGUAAUCCUCGGCAAGAAUCGGCUCUCGUAUAUUCCCGACUACACGUUCGGAAACUUGACCUUCAUAGAUACGCUCUAUUUGGACAACAACAACAUCAGCAAGGUUGCUGAAAACGGAUUUAAGGGGCUUGGCGGACUCCGGACUCUGGGCCUCUCCGGAAACCGGCUGACGGAAGUUCCAUCAGUGGCAUUACGGCAGGUCCGGAACUUACGUCACCUGGACCUUUCAGACAACAACAUCCACAACCUCGUACAACAUUCUUUUGCCGACGUACCCUUCUUAGAAACCUUGAACCUGAGCUCCAACUGUAUUGAGAGGAUAGACAGAGAGUCCAUCUGCUCGCUCCGCAGAAUGAAGUACCUGGAUCUCUCUAACGCCUGUUUGUACCAGGUUCCAAGACAAGCUCUCGUCCGUCUGGACCAGCUGCAGAGCCUAAACCUGGCGGGAAACAACCUCAAGCGCAUCUCCGUCUUCGCCUUCGGUGCUCAGACCUACCUGAAGAGUCUUGACUUGAGCAUGAACAAGAUCACUUACGUCUCACCAGACGCCUUCAUCAACGGCUGCAGCCUGCAGAAACUCAGCCUGCAAGGAAACUCUUUGUCCGCCGUGCCGACUAAAGCCUUCAAACCCAUGAAGAACCUGGAAAACGUGCAGCUAGGACAUAACCGCAUCCGGAGGGUUGCGCCGGGGGAGCUGGACGGUGUCCCCACCGUGAAGGUCCUGGGGCUGGACGGGAACCAGAUCAGGUCGGUGUCCAGCCGUCUGCUCACACGGCUGCCCAGGUUCCAGGCGCUGGACAUCUCCGACAACCCGCUGUCCUGCGACUGCAACCUCGACAAGUUCCUACGGUGGGCCGACCGGAAGCUGAUCUCUGUUACGCACUCGGAGGCUGGCUGGCGACCGUACCGUCAGACGUGUGACGCGGCGGCCACCGCCGCACCUGUCCCCGAGCAGGAGCCGUGCCCGGCACAGUGCCGCUGCCUGCGGGGCCCCUUCUCCUUCUGCGGAGCCUCGGACACAGCCGCACAGUACGUGUCCGUCACGUGUAACCGCCAGGGUCCGUGGGAGCUGGCGUCCGUACCUUCCGGUCUACCGACUAGGACGAGGAACCUGUACCUGGACGGUAACAAGAUCGCCGUGGUGAGGGAAGAGCAGCUACUGGGGGUGCCUGAGUUGGAGGCCUUGUCGUUACAGAAGAACCAGCUGACAGAGGUACCCACGGACGCCUUGAGGGCCGUACCCAAUCUGAAGUACCUCCUCCUGGCCAACAACCCGAUCUCAGAGGUGCCAGCCUUCGCGUUCGCCUGGGUGCCCGGUCUGACGUCGCUGAACCUGGCCAACACGUCCCUGACCGCCGUGCCGUCCAAGGCGCUCCGCCUGCCGCAGAACCUCACCACCCUGCAGAUCAGCGGGUACAUCAAGCGACUUAAAGCGGUCAACUUUGUCGGUAUGAGCUCCCUGGAGAUCCUAGUCAUGGACCACAACUGCUUCAAGUCCAUCGAUGAUGAAACCUUUGAGCCCCUGGUCAAGCUGGUACGGUUAGGUCUCAGUAACGCCUGUCUGCGGGACAUUCCGGUACUGCAGUUAGAGAGGCUUCCUCAGCUACUCUACCUCGAUCUGAGCAAAAACUCCAUCGCCGACGUCUUGGACGGCGCCUUCAUCAGCAAUCCGCGCCUGCGCGAGCUAAAUCUCGCCAACAACGAGAUCUCGCAGAUCGCGUCGUCUGCGUUCGUCGGGCUGGCGGAGCUACAGAAGCUGGACAUGCGCCACAACCGCCUGCCGAGCGUGCACAUGGACGCGCUGCUGGCCAUGGCCGGCAACCUGGAGAUCUUGGACUAUAGCUUCAACAGGAUCCGGAAGGUGCCGGACCUGUCGGUGAUGCCGCAGCUGACGGAAGUGUACCUGGACCAUAACGAGUUGGGUUAUCUCAACACGAGUUACGGGCGGGAGAAGGAUAUCCUCUACCACCCCGUGGAACUUCUCAGUCUGGACUACAACCCGCUCAUCUGUGACUGUAGGGCCAGAGACCUACGUCGCUGGAUGGACUCCAAGCAGAUCGACCUGUCCCCGUUGCGGGGGUUCCAGGGCACGUGGUGCGCCGCGCCGGAGCGCCUGUACGGGCGGAGUCUGAAGUCUGUGUUCCCGGGGGAACUGUGUCUGAACGGACAGGACAAACGUACCAGGUACCAAACGGAACCUCAGCCAUUCUUUCCAACCAGUGGCAUCCACGAUGAGAUCAGUACCUUAUUGGAUCAGGUCUUGGGGCGUGAAGAUGAGAAACCUGAAUCUGACCAAUCAGAAGUCAGUGCCUCUGAUGGCAGUCAAUCGGAAGAGAGCAAGGGCACCCCUCAGUCCUCUGUCGAUCAGGUGAUGUCGCGCCUGCGGGAUCUUUCCUCGCGAAUGUCGAAGAUUGACGGCCUGCUCGCACGCCUGAGAAAGAAACCACAACAACGCAGCCGCCGCUAGAGGACGCUUUUGCAUGGUCGUGCUGUGACAGAGGGCAACCGCAAUUAGCAACAAUGAACAAUACCAUGUCAGACGUGGUAUUGUUUAUUGGUGUCAGUUGUAGUUGCAGGCACGUCCCUACAAUGCCUAUUCUAGGUUGUAAGGGGUAUAUAUCAAGUGGCAUUAUUCUGGAGUUUGAUCCUAGAACAAACGAACUUCAUUGGAAAUACUAGAUGUGCUUUCUCGUUUGACUAGUCUUCAAUGGCAGAGCCAUGGCUAAGUUUACACCAAGGAGCUCCUUGGUUUACACUAAUAUUACUCAAUUCUGAUUAUUGUUACCCAGAGGAAAUUCCACAACCUUUUUUGUAAUUUACUUCACGUUUCUCUUUGCAAACGUGUUGAUUAUAAAUGCUGACUUUCCUUAAACAUCUUGAGACGUAGAAAAGUUACUAAUAUUGUUGUAGUGCGCAGGACAAUUGAAAUGUAUUGUGUAUUUAACAUUUUUACUCUGAGACAUGUUUUCAUGUAUGAGCCAUCAAAGACUUAGCAACCAAAUGACGACUUUUUUCUUUAUACAAAAUAGAAAGUAGAAAGAAGAACUUUGUACUUUGUGCUCUUUUAAGAAUGUAAAAAAAUAAACAUUUUUGUUAACUGGAGUAUAAGUAAGAUAUCAAAGAGAGCCCUUUUUUUAUCAAGACAACAGCUCAAGAGGCAGGAUAUAGU